AUGAGCAGCUAUUUUCAGUCGUAUCAGUAUUACGUUGAUUACACGUUUGAUUUGCUUCAUCAGAGCAUCAUGAUUCCAAAGGUUGAGGAAGCAAGAGGCAGAGAGCUGUUGGCCGUCUCUUUCAAUCAGGAUUGCUCGGCGCUGGCCGUCGGACAUGAUGAUGGUUAUGGACUAUAUUUGUUGAGAUCGGUUGAGAAUUUGGAGAAGGUGCAUGAGAGUUCAAGUAAGUUGAGUUUUGUUUGAGUUUUUUAUGGUUUAGGGAUUUGGAGUUUGAAGUGGUGUGAUGGGUAAUAUCGAUUGAACUUCUUGAUCAAUAUUCAUUAUCCGGGUUUGAUGUUAGUCUUAAAAGUUACUGAAUUUUAUAUUCUUGCUAACUUAUGCAGUUUUUCUUAGCCAUUUGCUUGUAGAAUGUAAAAAUCUUUCUUGCAAAGUAGUCAACUCACAGAAAAUGAGGCAUGGGUAAUAUCGAUCGUAUUUGUUGUUCAAUAUGCCUUGUCUUCGUCUGAUAUUGUUCUUUAAAGUUGCUCAACAAUGUUUUCUUACUUUUUUCAGCCAAGUUGUUUUUAAAAGCUUCAAUUCUUAUUUUACAACCGCCAACUUACUGAAUGUGAAAUAUGGGUAAUAUCGAUCGAAGUUCUUGAUAAAUUUUGCUUUUGUUUACCUUUUUUUAUUUUUAAAAGAUGCUUACUUAUCUUGUCUUACUGGUUAAGGCUUUAUUUUUUGUUAUUUACAUAAAUUACGACUUAUUGAUUCAAUUUAUAUUAGUACAUACUAUUAUUCAACAAUAAGUAUGUUCGAUCAAACUUCUAAAUUAACAAGAUCUUCUUGAAUCUGUGGUUGGUCAUAAAAUAUUCUUUGUAGUUUAUUAUAUAUAUUAAAACUUAAUUUACCCUAUUUUAGCACCAAAAAGGACAUGCGUUAUCGAGCGAUUGUUCAGCUCAUCACUAGUCACAUUCGUAUCAAUGGAGCACACAAGAAAACUGAGCGUAUACCAUUACCAAAAGGAUAACGAGAUAUGUAACCAUAACUAUGGAUCAGCCAUUCUGUCAGUCAGAUUGAACCGAAAACGAGUUAUUGUAUGUUUGGAGGAGAGUAUACAUGUGCACAAUAUCAGAGACAUGCAGGUAUGAUUUUGCUUUUUUGAUUGUUGUGUGUUUAGGUAUUGAUAGGGUUGUUUUUGGCGUUUUGGGUGUAGAAUAUAGUUUUUUAAAGAUUUUUUGAUUUUUAUGUAACAAAAGUAAAGUUUUCGGUCUUUUUGAUGGUUUACAUUAAAAUAUCAAUAAUUUUUUGAUGUUAUAAUGGAAAACUUCAAGAUAUUAGUAGUUUUUGAAAACGAUUUAACUUUUCCCUAUCUCAUAUUAUUCCAUUUCAGCUUCUGCAUGUGAUAAAAGAUACUCCAGCCAAUCCACUUGGCCUAAUCGAUCUAAGUCCCAACGAAGAAAGCUGCUACCUCGCCUAUCCAGGCUCAGCCACGACUGGUCACGUCCAAGUCUUUGACGCUGACUCUAUCACUGCUACAUGUGGCUUUGCAGCCCACGAUGGCCCAUUGGCGGCCAUCAAAUUCAGUCCAGAUUCGACGAAGAUCGCCACAGCUUCGGAGAAAGGCACAGUGAUUCGAGUAUUCGAAGUUCCGACCGGUAAUCGGCUGUUCGAGUUCACCAGAGGCAUGAAGAGAUGUGUCACAAUUCAUUCGCUGGCUUUUAGUGCGGAUUCUACGUUAUUGGCUUCGUCUUCGAAUACUGAGACGAUCCAUGUCUUCUCCUUGGUUCGACCUGAACCGGCUCAGGAUUCGCAACGGUAAGUUGUAGUUUAUUUUGAAAAAGUGGAGUUAGAGUCACAAAGUAUUGAUUAGAAGUUGCUGGGGCUCAAAAUAUGGCUUAUAAAGCGGACUUUUGGGGGAAAAUUUGGUUACAACCUACUAUAAUAUCGUUAGAACUGAGAUAUUACAUCAAAAGCCAAUGCUAAAUUUUCUGUUUUCAGCCCAGAAGAAGCCCAGGACAAUAUCACCGCGUGGGUGAGCUACUUUUCCCAACAAGCCACUGCCUACCUCCCCUCUCACAUGAACGAACUCAUGCUACGUGAGAAGUCCAUCUGCACCGCUCGCCUUCCAGUAGCCGGUAACAAAACCGUUGUAGGACUGCCGAAGAUCAACGGUACCACCUAUUUGGUCGUUGCCACUUCUGAUGGAUACCUAUUUUACUAUACGAUCGAAUCGGAUGAUAAGGAAUGUAGUCUGAUAAGGCAAUUCAGAAUCGGGCCGACCAUUGGCGAAGAGGAGACUGGCAGCAUCGUGCCAAUCGGAAGCCGAAGAGAUGGUGAUGGGGACAAGACGGAGGUUUGCGAUUUUGGAGUGUAAAAGACGAUUUUAUUAGGUUGUUUAAAUAAUUCUGUGCCCUUUCAAAGCAAAUUUUCGGGGUUAGGGGCACGUAAUUAUUUGAACAACCUAAUAGGUAUCAAUAUGAAGGGUUUAAAGGGUCGGGGGAAGAUAUGCAGUAGUUAGCAAUUAAAAAUAUUGUUUUAGCAAUCCUACUCGCCAAUCGACCGAGAUUCUGCCAGUCCAGCACCAAGUGCUCGUAAGCCUAAACCACCAGUAAAGGCUAGCACACCUUCAUCGGCUUCGUCAAGCCCACCAGAUCAAAGAGAUUCGAGCUCUCCUGAUGUCAGAUCCAGUAGGUUUUUUUUGAAUUUGGGCUUAAAAACAAAGAUUUUUGAACUUGUUUUGAAUUUUCUAGCAUUCAAAUCAACGUAUCUAGUUCCUACAACAAUAUUUUUCCCAAAAAUGAUAAUUUUCGUAACUUUCAGAAUCCGAAAAGCUUCGACCAGUACCACUGAAGAGCCCAGACUCAGAUCUGUCAGAUUCUUCGUCAAUCUCCGCCCAUCAACGUCAAAACUACAGCGACGAAAGCGGCUCGGAAGGCGGCCCAGACAACUCUGGCAUCGAAUCACCCCACGACCUCAAUGAUAUGGACGAGUUCCCUCCACUCAAAGCCAACUUUUCCUCUGACUAA